AUGUUCUCCACCAACUUCAUCACCUUUGUCUGCGUUGCCGUCGCCGGCUCGUCCGUCAUGGCUGGUCCUACCAUGUACAAGCGCGACGGUGCCACUCCCGCCCUGGCGGCGCGUGAGCCUCAGUUCUCCGUCAACAUCCCGAACAACAUCCCCGUCUCGGGCGCCUUCCCCAACGGCAUUACCAUCACCCCCGGCACUCCUUCGGGCAGCAUUGUGACAGGCGCUCAGAACUCGACGCUCUUCGGCCAGUUCGGCUUCAAGCGCGAGGAUGCGACGCCUGCUCUCGCCGCCCGCGAGCCUCAGUUCAGCGUCAACAUUCCUAACAACGUCCCUGUUUCUGGAUCGUUCCCCAACGGUAUCACGGUCAUCCCUCAGACCCCGUCGGGCAGUAUUGUCACCAGCAACCGUAACGGUACCUUCCCGUUCAACCUCUUCGGCCGUGAUGAUGCCACUCCGGUCCUUGCCGCUCGCGAGCCGCAGUUCUCGGUGAACAUCCCCAACAACAUUCCGGUUAGCGGCAGCUUCCCGAACGGCAUCACGGUCGUCCCCCAGACCCCUUCGGGCAGCAUCGUCACCAGCAACCGAAACAGCACCUUCCCCUUCAACCUCUUCGGUCGUGACAUGUGA